AUGCCAACCAGAUUCACUAAGACCAGAAAGCACAGAGGUCACGUCUCAGCCGGUAACGGUCGUAUUGGUAAGCACAGAAAGCACCCCGGUGGUAGAGGUAUGGCCGGUGGUCUGCACCACCACAGAACCAACCUUGACAAGUACCACCCAGGUUACUUCGGUAAGGUCGGUAUGAGAUACUUCCACAAGCAACCAAACCACUUCUGGAAGCCAGUUUUGAACUUGGACAAGUUGUGGACUUUGAUCCCAGCUGAAAAGAGAGAUGAAUACCUAAAGUCUUCUUCCAAGUCUUCUGCUCCUGUCAUCGACACGUUGGCUGCCGGCUACGGUAAGGUCUUGGGUAAGGGUAGAAUCCCAGAAGUCCCAGUCAUCGUUAGAGCUAGAUUUGUCUCCAAAUUGGCCGAAGAGAAAAUCAAGGCUGCUGGUGGUGUCGUUGAAUUGAUCGCUUAA